GUGUUUGGAAAAGCUGACCUCUGAGCCAUGAACUGAACCCAAAGACCAGCAACAACAAGCGAUUGAAGAGGGGCAGGACCGGAGAGAGGGCAAGAGACAUGAUUACGGGUCCGGAAUCGAGGCAAACACAUAGGUUGUUGGACCUGAAGAAGCAGCAAUGGGCCAAGGAGCGAGAGGAAAUCGCACGCAUGGAUGAGAUGUACCAUCAUCAGCACACAUCGCACCACAAGAUCGAACGCACCUCGAUACGCACCUACUACUCGAAUCUCGAUCUGAGUCAGACCUCGACAUCCAGCCAGUCGACGAGACAACGACGACGAUUACCGCCCCAGCAGCAGCAGCAGCAGCAGCAGCAGCAGGAUAUGCACUUGAUCCUGCGACAGGCACAGGCACUGGCACCAGCACCAGCACCAGCACCGGCACCGCCAGCGGACUACCGCGACAACGGAGGAUAUCUGAAUCAAUUGGAGCGCUAUAUCGAGGAUCUCGAUGCGGAUGCCGAUGCCGACUUUGAGGACGAUGAGGAGUCCCUGUACAGGCGCACCAGAAGGGGCAGCUAUGCCCCUGGGAUGGCCAGCAUGCGGCAGAUGCAGAUGGCACCGGCCCGGUAUGUGGAAAUGAUGCCGCCCACGUCCCUGCAGACGGCCAAGGGAAGGAUGCAACAUGCCCAGCCGCAGCAGCAGCAGCAGCAGCAGCAGGGAUACCAUUUGCAACAGCAGGGGUAUCUGCCACAGCAGCAACAGCAACAGCAACGUCUGAGGAGUCCCAGUUUGCCUUCGAUUCGAUGGCAGAGGGGGGUGAGGCAUCAGGAAAAGGCGGCCAAUCAACCUGGUAACGGGAACAACAACAACAACAACAACAACAACAACAUUCCGUUGCCGAAUGGCAAACCAAAUGACAUUGAUCCUGGCAACGGGCCAGGCCAUGCCCAUCGAUCCAACAAUCAAAACAAUAAUCCUGGUGCUGCUCCAGGCAUCGGUUGCCAGGAAGAGGACACCUCCGGGUAUCUGAGCGACAACACGCCCCCCAAGAACAGCAACAACAGCAACAACAGCAACAACAACACCCACACGCCCGACAUUUGGUUCAACGACGGUGCCAGCCAGAUUGAGAGCAUUAGUGGUGUGGGCAGUGCCAGUGUCGUCGAGGAGAGGGAGGCGGGUGUGGGUCGUCGUCUCCGCCGAUCGAUACAGGGUGGGGCUGGGGCGAACCCACUGGUGCCCCUCGGUGGGGGCAAGGGGAAUGCAUAUGCCACCAAGGGACGACGUGUGGCAGGACAGGGCUACGAGCCGCUGGCGAACGAUGGCUACCUGGCCGACGGCUGCUGCUACAUGGCCGCACCGCCGAGCUCCUCCAACAUGAGCAUCAGCCGGGAUGUGUCCACCUCGAAUACCUACCAAGUGCAGAUCCAGGGCGGCGGCGGCCACGGCCUCGGCCGUGGGGGCAGCGGCAGCGACUACUACAUCCACGAGCAGCACGAGCAGCACGAGAGAGAGCGAGAGCGGGCCCGCUGGGCCAAUCAGCAGCAGACGAUGCAGAUGCCACCGCCGCCUGGCUGGCUAAAUCGUGGCAUACACGAUCUUAAGGAUGGCAGCGAGGACGACGUCCAGUCUAUGCAGUCAUCCUCCACGUAUUUGAGGGGACAGAACGCCCCCCUGGACGCCCAGACGCUCGCCGAGCGCAUGGACAAGCGACGGAAGGCCUCGGAGUACCACAAUGCCAUCAAGAAGCAGCUCCACGAGCGGGAAAUGAUCAGGAAAUGGGAGCUGGAGCGCCAUCGCCAGGAGGAGCAGAUCGAGGAGCAGCGCCUGCGUCGCCAGAAGCAAAUGGACCAGGAGCGGGCGGAGUACGAGCGGCGGCAGCAGCUGGAGCGGGAGGAGGCGCAGCAGAAGAAGCAGCAGGCGAUGCUGGACGCCAUCGCCAAGGCCGAGGUGGCGGCCCAAAUGGAGAAGCAACAGAAGCGCAAGAAGCCGCAGCCACAGCCACAGCCACAAAAGGUGCCCAAGGAUGGACCGCAGGAAGGCGAACUGCUGCGAGUGCAGUCCGUGGAGGAGGAAGAGGAGGAAGAGGAGGAGGCCACCCAUACACCACGUGGGGCACCGCCAGCGGCAGCACCCGCCCCCGCCCCCGUCAUUGCGGAGGAAAAAGUGCUUAUUGGAACGCCCAUCAAUCUGCGACGGACCGUCACGAAACCCAUCAAACAGCCGAAGGGCGAGGAGGCCAAGGAGGCCAGGGAGGCCAGGGAGGUUAAGGAUAAUCUGGCACUCCUGAUGCAGCCGGCCACCCUCAUUCCCCUGCCCGUCACCAGCGACAUUUUUGGGCUGCAGAAUGCCAUUGGGAAUCUGCAGAUAGCCACGUAUUUGAUGCAGCCUCCCCAACAGAUGCCGCAGAUGCCGCAGAUGCACAUGCAAAUGUCACCAUCGGCAGCCUCCUCCUCCGCCGUGGAGCAGACCUAUUCGAAGGCCACAAUGACCCAAAGGACAGACACCUCCAUCUACACGGAGGAUGGCUAUCAGGCGGAGAAGGAGGAGGAAGAGGGCGAGGGCGAGGGCGAGGGCGAGGGCGAGGGAGAUCCCGAGGAGGAGGAGACACUCACAACAGCCCGAUCGGGUCUGGUCAGUGGCGGGUGCUUCUCCCCCGAUUCCCUGGAGGUGGAUGUGGCACACAGCGACAAGCUGGCACUCAUUCCACUCCCCCAGCGACUGGCAGGAGGAGCAGGAGGGGAAGGAUCUGCUGCAGCUGCAGCUGGAAGCAGUGAUGUGGAGACCCAAACGGAGCUCCCGUUGAACUGCGAUCUGUGUCUGUUCCACGACAACUUCUACAAGGUGCUGCUCAAGCGAGAGGUGUCCACCACGACCACCACACAGACCUCGAAGACGCAGACACAGUCGCCCAAGGAAUCCUCCGCGUCGGCGUCGGCCGAGGCGGAAAAGGAUCACGAGACGACAACCACAACAACGACCACCACCACGACCACCUUCAAGGCCAAGAGCAAGGACAAGGACAAGGAGAAGUGCCUCAAGAAGAGCCACAACAGCAAGGACAGGGACAAGAUGGACGAUCGCCCCAAGUGGGGUGUGAAUCGUCCCAUCGUCCAGUACGUGAAGGCCAGCGAUCGGGAUCCCUUUUGCCUGCGCAAAAAGAAGAAUCAUCCGGCCACGGCCACGGCCACAGCAGCGAGCAAGCCACCGCGCUCCCUGUCGAUGGACUCGCGGCUGGACAGCGUGGCUGUGGAUCAUCUCAUCCUCGAAGGGGACUCCCCGCUGGCCCCCGCCACAAUGGAGCAGGAGGAGGGCGACGAAGAGGGCUUCCUGCUGAAGGCCCGCAACGUCUGCACGGAGAUACUGCCCAUCAAAACGGACGAGAAGGGCCGCAUUUUCCUCAACUUUCGCGAGGCCAGCGCCAUCAUGAACGAGGACGAGAUCAAGGAUAAGCUGAGGCAAAAGUACUUCAAUUUCGGAAGGAUUCUGCCGCGUCGCAGCUGGGCCUCGGCCACACACAACGGCCUGCCUUUUAGUGCAGCGGCAGUGGUGGUCGGUGGGGGAGGGUCAGGGGCAGGGGCAGGGGCAGGGGCACCACCACUCCCAGCCCUCCCUGCCACCAUUGUCGGGGACAUGGCAGACGAUUGA